AAAGAGUGCUCACCGAUACCCGGCUCACCAUUUGGCACAGUCGUCCCGUCGGUCAAGUCGUGAAGGAUGAGCUACCCACCUCCCCAAGGUGGCUAUCCCCAGCAGGGUUACCCGCCGCAGCAGGGCUAUCCCCAGCAGGGCUACCCGCCACAGCAAGGCUACCCACAGCAGGGCUAUCCUCCUCAGGGUGGCUACCAGCAGCAGCCUCAGCAGCCUCCCCAGAAGGGCAGCCGCGGCUGCUUGGAGGCCUGCCUGGCGUGCGCCUGCUGCUGCCUCAUCUGCGAGGCCUGCUGUGAUUUCGUCUGAGUGCAUGCAGUCUUGCAUGCGCCUGCUGCUGCCUGCUGUGUGAGGCCUGCUUCGGAGACUGAUUGGUGGAGGGCGGCCAACUCUUCUGGCGCAGCUAUGUUUAUCUUCUGGCGCAGCUAUGUUUAUCCUUGGACGGAACUGUUCUUCGACUGAAUGGGGCUGUGAUGCGUUGGCAUGACCGUUUGCUUGCAAGUUGCGGCGUGUGCGUGAUUAGGGUGCUGUGGUGCAGUUGCAUGCUGAAUUGUGCAUGCUUGUUGUCACUUCCUGCUGUCCGGAAUUUCUUGGAAUAUCCACCUUUUGCUUUUUGUGCAUUGGAUGGUAUUUGACCAAGUCAAUUUGAGCAUGUAUCUAAAGUUUGAUCUCCUGUGCAUGUGCAAAAUCUCCGCCCAAAUCUAGAUGCAUGCGGAGAGUGCUUGUCGGCAUGGAUCGCACAAUAAUUGCAGUUGCGCACCAGUGUCUUACUGUGAAAAUAUUAUAAUAAUUAUUAAUAUAAUUACACGCUUUUC